AUGAAAUUAUUAAUCCUUAUAUGCAUCUUGGUUGGAUUAUUUCACAGUAGUACAGGCACACGUUGUGUUUGUAAAUGUUGUACGACUGAUGGUUGUGAUUCUUCCACGGCUACACCACAAUCAUUUGAUUUAGCUGGUGUCUGUAGUGCUCUAACAUGCAAUCGUCUGUCAUGUUCAACUCAGUUUAAAACUUGUCCAAUACCAACAUCUGCUGGGCAUGUUGAUACAAAAUGUGGUGGGCCAGGCAUGGCUUCUGCAACAACUCACAUUUCAGUUAUGACCUUGAGUGCAGUUUUAAUUGGAACAUUUAUGAAAUGGAAUGUAUAUUAG